GGCUUCUGGCCUCUAUAUGGAGCGCUCGCAGAGCCGAAUCAGCCUUUCAGCUUCCUUUGAGGCUCUGGCCAUCUACUUCCCUUGCAUGAACUCCUUUGAUGAGGAUGAUGGCGUGGAGACAGAGGGACGGAGACUGAAGGGCAUCCAGAGGAGCACAGAGACAGGAUUAGCUGUUGAGAUGCCCAGUCGCACAGUUCGCCAGGCCAGUCAUGAAUCUAUAGAGGACAGUAUGAACAGCUAUGGUUCAGAGGGCAAUCUAAACUACAGUGGCGUCUGUUUGGCAUCUGAUGCUCAGUUUAGUGAUUUCUUGGAUGGCAUGGGACCAGCACAAUUUGUGGGGAGACAGACACUGGCCAUGACCUCAAUGGGUGAUGUUGAGAUUGGGCUCAUGGAAAGGAAUGGACAGUUAGAAGUUGAGAUCAUGCAGGCUAGAGGACUCAUCAUAAAACCCGGCUCCAAAGGACCUCCAGCUGCAUACAUAAAAGUGUACCUUCUGGAGAACGGAGUGUGCGUAGCCAAAAAGAAGACAAAGUCUGUGCGGAAAUCACUUGAUCCUCUAUACAACCAGGUCCUUGUAUUCUCUGAGAGUCCACAGGGAAAGGUUGUACAGGUCAUUGUUUGGGGAAACUAUGGUCGAAUGGACCGCAAGUGCUUCAUGGGUGUGGCCCGAAUCCUUUUGGAAGAACUGGAUUUGACCAACAUGGUGAUUGGCUGGUACAAGCUUUUUCCCACCUCCUCCAUGGUGGAUCCCACCAUGGCACCGCUGAUCCGACACUCUUCACAGUUCUCGCUUGAGAGCACAGUCGGACCAUGUUGUGAACGCUCGUAA